UGCACAAAUUUUUUUCCCACUCGCAAAAAGGAAAAAAAUUCCCAGCAACAAAAAGAAAUCAUAUUUUUUUUUGUGUGCUGCAGACAAAUAUUUACACUUGGACUACGCCCUGAGUGGGGUCUAACGCAUACGAUUGCGCUCGAAUUUUAAGGAUAAAUUUUUAUAAUUGCCCAAAAGAAAAUAGCUUCUUCGGCAAGCAGUGAUUUAGAAUUUAUAGUUCAAAAAAAAAACACAACUCAGUCUUCAACACUGAAGUCAAUAUUGUGAUAAACAAAAACAAUAACAAAAAAUUGUUCAAAUUUCAACUGAGAUAUCAACGACGACAUUAAAUAACACAAAAAUGGCUACAUUGUGUAAUAUAUAUGGCUCCUCGCCAUGCAGUAAUUCAUUCCUUUUCGAUCACAUGCCUUCAGGUUCAUUCGAUGAUUGCUUCGAUUUUGGUAACCUUAAACCAGAUACCGAUCUUUUUGAGGACUUGAACUGGCCAUCAACCAUACAGAGUGACAUUGAGAAAAUGAAAACAGAAUCAGACAAUGCAUCAGAUUGCAGUAACGGUGCACUAAUUGGUGGUGAUAAUUUCGAAAUGGAAGAUAUAAAACCAGAAAUACGUAAUAUAAAUUGUAUGUGGUCAGAUGCUUUUCUAAGUACAUCAGCCUCAUCCACAAUGAGUGAUGGUGUUGCACAAACGGCUGUACCGCUAGCAGCUGUUAGCAGUUUCAAUGCAAAUUUAACAAAUAUUAAGCAAGAAACAACAAAUCAAAGCAAACAACAACAAUCUACGCCUACAAUAAUUGUUGCUAAGAAUAUUAGUAAUAGAAUGUUGCAGCAACAAGCACAACAAUUACAAAUGUUAUCAUUGAAUGUUAAAAAGGAAAUUAAAAUGGAACCAGUUGAUGACUAUGAGCAACAAUUGCAACAGCACAGCAUACCAAAUAGCAGAACUGCACAACAAACUACACAAAAACAAACACAACAGAGUAUGCAACAUAUACCGCCAGGUACAUCGCUAUUGCGUAAAUCAAAUGUUAUACAGCAGCAACAAUUGAAAAAGGCACAACAGCAACAUCAACACCAACAGCAACAACAAAAACAAAAACAAACUGGCAACAACAAUUUGAUACAGAUACCAAAAUUGCAUACAGCUGGCUUUAUACGUUUACGCGAUCAAAGUCCAAUGACAACAGCUACAAGCAACAAUCCAACAAUGACAAAAGUUACUAACAACAGCAAUAGCAACAACAAUAAUGGUAGCAGCAACAAAAUCACGUCCUCCUCAUAUGUUCGCCCAGAUACACCACACAGUUUAGAUGAUGAUUGUAUAGAGUUUAAUCAUAAUGUUGACUUGCGUGCCUGCGUUAUGGGUAGCAAUAAUAUAUCGCUACCGGUUGAUCCCACACACUACAUACAACAUGUCAGCCAAGCACUGCAGGACACAAGUAAAAACCAAAUCGAUAUUGGCUUUGGCAGUACUUGUGAUGCAUCAUUAGCAGAGGUGCUCGAUGUUAUAUCCAAAGAUUACCAAACAAAAUCGUACAAGUCCCAAACAAAACCCGCAACAUCAUCAGUGCUUCGAGUGCAUAAUGCAGAUGUAGAUUCUGAUACCGAAUCCAUAUCUGGUAAUUCAAGCUAUGAUUCGGGUUCUUCUGUUAUGGAUGCCGAUCUCUCAUAUGCCAUAACAUCACCUACAUCGAGUCAGGGUUCAAUCAACGGCAGCAUUCAUCAUCAAUCAUAUCUGCAUAGUGAUCACAGUUACACACGCUGCAAAGAUGGUAUGGACGAUGUUGGACCAAGCCUAGAAACACCUUCAGAUUCUGAUGAAGAAAUUGAUGUCGUUACAAUUGGUGAUAAAAAAUUACCUACAAAUCCUUCCGAUAAGGAUCGUCGCGCGUUACAAAAUAAAGUUGCAUACAAAAUCUCAAAUCGUAUGGUGAAAACAGUAAACGGUCUCAGAACAAUACCACCACGUCGUAGCGGUUCUGUUGAAUAUCCCUAUACACCAGCAAGCAGUAACAGUCCAGUCAAAUCACUGGCUAAUUCACGUUACCCUUCACAACUGCUUAUGACUGUACUCUCCGAUGGUACUACUGCACCUAUUAAUAUCAUUAACGAUAAAACACGCAAACGUGUAAAUGGUAAUGUUUUGAUCAAUACAUCAAACAAUGCUGACUACUCAUUACCACCUAAUAAAAAAUAUCGUGGUAAGAAGUCAAAGAACGGUAGUGUCAGCACAACGACGACAAGCAUUAAUGGUACUGCCAAUGGUGCGCUCAGACGUCAUUAUAGUUUGGAUGAAGCUGCCGAUACAAUUGAGAAACGUAAUUUACAUAACGAUAUGGAACGUCAACGUCGUAUUGGCUUAAAGAAUUUAUUCGAAGCUCUGAAGAAACAAAUACCAAGCAUUAAAGAUAAAGAGCGUGCCCCAAAAGUGAAUAUACUACGUGAAGCAGCAAAAUUGUGUGAUGCGCUGGUGGUAGAAGAUAGACGACUCGCAGAGCAACGUGCAGUUUUAAUGGAACAGUUGAAAAAGCGUCAGGAGCAAAAGUUAAUUUUGUUAGAACAACUGAGAAAGCGACACGAUUUAAAACCACAUCUCAUCAUACAUCGGGAUUGAUAACAGAUCAGUGAAAAAAAUGCUGAAUUAGAAGUAAGUGCAGUUUUCAAACUCGAAGAGCUUAAGUUAAAUAUGAAGAAGAAGAAAAGAAAACGAUAAUGAAGUUAACUAUUACUAUGUAUUGUAUAAAUAAUAUUUGUAAAUAUAUAUAGAUAUAUAUAGAAUAUAAAAUGUAAAUAUCAUGAAUGAAGGUCCCGGGGAAAUAAGAUUAGCAGCGGCAGGAUCGCCACAUGAGCUUUUAGUUAAGUUUAAUAAACGUUGAAGUUAUGCAAAACUUAAGAAGGACAAAAUAAUUUUUAAUAAACUUUUUACUAUGUAUAAAUUUUGUAUAACUUUUAUGAUGUAAAUUACUUGAUUUUGUUUAAAUUUGAUUUUGCUUUUAAAUAAAUAAAGAACAUGAAAUUUUGACAAUUGAUCAACAAAAAAUUAAUAAAUUGAUACAUUUAUUGUACAUAAAGUGUAACUAUUAUAAUAUUUAACUUUCAACCGUUGUUCUUUUAUAAUUAGUUAAUAAGUUUAACUUGAACUUCAAUAUUUUAUCAUUUAUAUAUUGGAUAUAUUUAACAUAAAGGUAUAGAAUUGAUAAAUAAUGUAAGCAACUACAUAUUAUAUGUAUAUAAAUAAUUAAGAGCGACUAUAUUCAGUAAAUAACGAAAUUAGAAUUAUAAGGAACUAAGAAAUUGAAUAAUAAUUUAGUGGUAAAUAAUAUCGUUUAAUCCAUAAGGUAUAUAGUUCUAUUAGAUUGCUAUGCUUAUAUUAAUUAUAGUUAAGGGUUAGAAAAUUAUUGAUUAUUUUAAUUUUGUGAUACUUGAAAUGCGCGAAAAAGAAACAGAUAUAGCUUAUAAAGCGAGAAAAAUGUACUAUAGCUUAUUCGCUUAAUAAACUAAACCCAUUUGUUCGUAAUAGACGAACAUACACUGCGAGAAAAAUUAGAUUGGCAAGUCUUUUAAAAGCACUUGCAGAAAAAUUUGAAGUUAAAAAAUUGUAUUUCGUAAUAAUAAUUCUAUAUAGAAAACUAUAUAUUUUUAUUAUAUUAUUUGAAAAAAAAAAAGUGGAAAAAGAUACAUGAAGAAAAGAAUUUUUGAAACGUUUGAACGUAAUUUUGAGCAACGAAAGAGCAACGCAUCGUAAUGGAAAACAAAUGAAAAUAUUAAGUAAUGAAGAUGAGAAUUGUAAAUGUAACGUAUUUUUGCCGGUUUAAAAAAACGUCUACCAAUUCUCUGCAUACACACUUUUUUUAUUUAAUAUUUGUGGAAAAUGUUUUAAA